AUGGAGAAGCUUCCAAAUAAAGAUAUUGAAAGAAUGAUUACAUUUAUAAAACACGAGGCAGAAGAAAAAGUCAAAGAAAUAGAAAUUAAGGCCAUCCAAGAGUACAACAUUGAAAAGGCCAGGUUAGUUAAACAAGAAGUUGACACUGUUGAGAAAGAUUUCAAAAAUAAACAAAAAAAUCUUGAAAUUCGCAAACUGUGCGAGGAGUCAAACAUAAUAAAUAAAUAUAAAUUACAAUACACCAACCAAAAAAAUAAUAUUCUUACUGAAAUUUUUAACGAUCUCGAGAAGCAAUCGUCUAGUGAAAAACUGACUGAAGAUUUACUUCAAGAAGCUGUUAAUAAAAUUAACAGUAAAGAUUUUACUGUAAUGUGUUUAGAAAGGGAUAAAAAAGUGGUGCGAAAAGUAUUAGGAAAUGUAGAGAUCAAAGAAUUGCCUGUGUUUGCUUUAGGCGGAGUUAUUAUUGUUAGUAGAGAUAAGAAAUUAGUUAUAGAUAACUCAUAUAAAUCACGUAUUGAAUCUAUAAAAAAAUAUUACUGUAAUGAACUAAAUAAUUUUAUAUUUUCUAAAUAA